CCCGGCGAGUUUGAAAGAUACAGCGGCGAGAGCGCGCGUGGAACCAGACGCGCGCGACGACGACGACGACGACGACGCACACACCCGCGCCGGCUUGUAGCUCACGACCCCUGGUUAGGUGAAAGCUUCUCCAAGGCGUCUCGCCAGCCCGGCCCCCCUAUAUCUCUGCCCGCUUGCGUGGAAAAAAAAACGCACCCCAAAUACUUCAGAGAGAGGGCAACCGAUCGAGGGAGCGCGUGUGUGCAGCGUCGUGUUCUUGCUUCUUCCUCCUCCUGUCGUCGUCGCCUGACUAGCUGCUUUUUUUGUCAAAUCAUUUCGUUCUUGAAUCCGUUACAGUUGCCUGCUGCGCCGUCUUCAUUCUUCAAGCAGUAGCGUAGCGCGCAGCAAGAAACCACCAGGGCUACCUAGGGUGGUUUAGGGUUCUCCGCCGCUUUCCGAUCUUGUACAGCUAGCAUCAUCGGUACGCUGUCGAUUGAUCUGAGCAGUAUGGAAGCAUCAGCAGCAGCAGGAGGUGGGAGAGAGUCGAACAAGAAGGAGGAGGAGAGCUUGCCGCCGGGCUUCAGGUUCCACCCGACUGACGAGGAGCUCAUCACGUACUACCUGCGGCGGAAGAUCGCCGACGGCAGAUUCACGGCGAGGGCCAUCGCCGAGGUCGACCUCAACAAGUCCGAGCCGUGGGAUCUCCCGGAGAAAGCGAAGCUCGGAGAAAAAGAGUGGUAUUUCUUCAGCCUAAGGGACCGGAAGUACCCAACAGGCGUGCGAACGAACCGCGCCACUAACGCUGGUUACUGGAAGACAACGGGGAAAGACAAGGAGAUCUACACCGCCGGUCAUCAGCUACCUGCUGCAGCCACCACGCCGGAGCUAGUAGGGAUGAAGAAGACCCUGGUGUUCUACAAAGGAAGAGCUCCUCGGGGUGAGAAGACGAACUGGGUCAUGCAUGAGUAUCGCCUGCACUCCAAAUCACUCCCCAAAUCUAACAAGGAUGAGUGGGUGGUGUGCCGGGUGUUCGCCAAGAGCGCCGCCGCAAAGAAGUACCCGUCCAACAACGCGCACGCGCACGCGCGGUCAUCGCACCACCACCCGUACGCGCUGGACAUGUUCCCACCCCUCCUGCCCACGCUGCUCCAGCAUGACCCCUUCGUCGCGCGCCGCCACCACCACCACCACCCGUACAUGGCCCCGGCAGACCUGGCCGAGCUCGCGCGCUUCGCCCGCGGCACGCCGGGGCUGCACCCGCACAUCCAGCCGCACCCCGGGACGUCGUCGUCGGCGCCGUACAUGAACCCCGCCGUGGCUGCGCCACCGUUCACGCUCUCUGGCGGCGGCCGCCUCAACCUCAACCUCGGCGCCACGCCGGCCAUGCCGUCGUCGCCGCCAGCACUCCACGCGAUGUCGAUGGCGAUGAUGAGCGGCCAGACGGAGCCGAGCUGUGCCAGCACCGGUAGGCAAUAUCAUCAGGUGAUGGCAGGUGAACACCACCAGCAGAAGCAGAUGGCGACGGCGGCUGCGGCGGGGCUCGGCGGCUGCGUGAUCGUGCCCGGCGCGGACGGAGGGUUCGGCGCGGACUCGGCGGCCGGGGCCCGGUACCAGGGCUUGGACGUGGAGCAGCUGGUGGAGAGGUACUGGCCUGCCGGCGGGUACCAAGUCUAGCUAGUAGCUGUGGAUCGGAGUAGUGGCGUGGCUUGGCAAUGGCAUGCAUGCAGCCGACAAACGUAACAACGACGUAAUGUUGGUGUAUGGAUCAUGUAGGUCGGUAGGAUUUGAUGUGUCAAUUUAGUCCGUUGUUUGUAUCAGUAGCUGGAAAUUAUCCUCUCUUUUUUUUCAGUUUUUUGUUGGGGGCUCUUGGCUUGUAGAGAUCGGAGCAGCAUAGGUUGACAGCAUGCAUGUCAUGUGCAACAAAAACAGGCUUGGUACUGAUCGAGCUCAUACAGGGAUCUAGAUAAGAGUAUGGGGUGUACUCGUCCGUGUGAUAGUUUCUGAUAAACGUGUAUGUUUUCUUCAAACCCGACCUUUGAAUUUUGAGCUAUAUGUGGUUACGUGA